UUAUGAAGCUUUUUGUUCUGCAACUGUUUGGAGUUCUCCUCCUUGGUGCCAUUCUGCAUACCCAAGCCAGAACAACCCAUCAUCACACAUUCAUUGUGGAAGAAACUCCAUAUACAAGGCUAUGCAGCAGCAAGAACAUAUUGACUGUGAAUGGAUCAUUCCCUGGCCCAACUCUAUACAUGCAUAAGGGAGACAUACUCAUCGUGGAUGUAUAUAAUAAAGGAAAUCAAAAUAUAACCAUUCACUGGCAUGGCGUAAAACAACCGAGAUAUCCAUGGUCAGAUGGUCCAAAUUAUAUAACUCAGUGUCCUAUCCGACCGGGUCAAAGCUUCAGACAAAAAAUUGAGUUGUCAGAUGAGGAAGGUACAUUGUGGUGGCAUGCUCAUAGUGAUUGGACACGAGCCACAGUUCAUGGAGCCAUUGUAAUUUACCCCAAAAAGGGAACAAAAUAUCCCUUUCCUAAGCCUCAUGCUGAAAUUCCAAUCAUACUAGCGGAGUGGUGGAAGAGUCAAAUACAAACGGUUCUAAAUGAGUUCCUUACUAACGGCGGAGAUCCUAACGCCUCCGAUGCUUUCCUUAUCAAUGGCCAACCUGGAGAAUUCUAUCCCUGCUCCAAAAAAAAUACAUUUAGGCUAGCCGUGGAGUAUGGCAAGACGUACCUACUUCGAAUUGUGAACGCAGCCAUGAACAACAUCCUCUUCUUCUCCAUCGCAAACCACCAACUCACGGUGGUGGGAACCGACGGCGCUUACACAAAGCCGUUAAAGAGUGACUAUGUCGCCAUAUCUCCCGGUCAAACCAUUGACGUCUUACUCCACGCCAACCAACCCCUUAACCACUACUACAUGGCCGCCAAGGCCUACAACACGGCCCCACAAGUCCACUACGACAACACCACCACCACCGCCUCCCUACAAUACGCCGGAAACUACACCCCCACUUCUCCCGUCCCCUUCCCCGCCCUCCCCGGCGUUUCCAACAUCACCGCCUCCGUUAACUUCACCGGAAGCCUCCGUAGCUUGGGCGACGCCGCCCACCCGAUAAACGUCCCGUUGGAUGUUUCCACCAAUUUAUUCUUCACCGUGUCCCUCAACACACUCCCGUGCGACGACAACGCCACCUCGCCGUGCGCCGGGCCUCGUGGGCGGCGUUUCGCGGCGAGCGUGAAUAACAAUAGCUUUGUUGCCCCGGCCGUGGACGUUCUAGAAGCUUACUACCAUCACAUUCACGGCAUUUACUCUGACCACUUCCCUAGCUUUCCGCCUCUUUUUUUCAACUUCACGGCCAGUAAUAUCUCGGCGGUGUUACAGACGCCAAACCGGAAAACGGAAGUGAGGGUUCUAGAGUAUGGAUCGACGGUGGAGAUUGUCUUCCAGGGGACAAAUCUGGUGGCCGGGAUCGACCACCCGAUGCACUUGCAUGGACAUAGUUUCUAUGUUGUCGGAUGGGGUUUUGGUAAUUUCGACAAGAAUAAGGAUCCACUGAACUAUAAUCUAGUGGACCCACCUCUCCAGAACACCAUAGCAGUUCCUAAGAAUUCAUGGACAACCAUCAGAUUCAAAGCAAAUAAUCCAGGAGUAUGGCUUAUGCAUUGUCAUCUCGACCGUCACCUAAGCUGGGGAAUGGACAUGUCAUUCAUAGUCAAAGAUGGCAAGGGUUCAAAUGAGAAAUUGUUGCCUCCGCCUCCAGAUAUGCCAAAAUGUUAUUGA